UUCCGUAAGUUGCGGAUCCAGUUCAGGGAGAAGCUAGCAGAUCUGAUGAAGGGUCUAUUGUCCGCCAAGAUGAUUAACUAUUCCAGAUCACCAUGGGCUUCCCCCAUCGUGGUGAUCAUUAAGAAGAAUGGGGUGGACAUCAGGCUAUGUAUCGAUUACCGGUUGGUUAAUAGGCUGACACAACUGAUGGUAUACCCAGUGCCCUUGAUCAACGAUCUACUUGAAGAUCUGGAGUCGACACUUUGGUACUGCUCUCUGGAUAUGGCAAGUGGAUUUUGGGUAGUGAAAAUGACAGAUCGUGCUCGUUUGAUCUCGGCUUUUAUCACUCCUUUUGGACUAUUUGAGUGGAAUCGAAUGCCUUUUGGCCUGAAGAAUGCGCCUCAGAUCUAUCAACGUAUGAUCGAUAAUGCGUUAUAUGGGUUCACUCGGAUCCCGAAGUCUGAAGAUCACGGAAGUACUGCGGAUGUAUAUGAGGGCGGGGAACCGGUGGAUCCAGGCAGUCUUUCGGUGCUUGGUCGCAGAUCAUAUAUCGAUGACAUCCUGAUCCCCGCUAAUAGUUGGAAUCAACUAUGUGACCGAGUCGAGGGGUUGCUCGAAGCGUGUGACAAAUGGAACCUGUCGAUCAGCGUGGUUAAAAGCUUCUGGGGGAUGCCCAAGGUGGAAUUCCUUGGACAUAAAGUCUCGCGCAAUGGACUGGGGGCGAAUCCGAAAGAUCUGUCUGCAUUAACUGAUCUAGCCUUCCCAGGAUCACUCAGAGCUAUGCAAUCAUUUCUGGGAAGUUUAAACUAUUAUAGCCGAUUUAUCGAAGAUACGCGUCGGUUCUGUACGAAUUGCGAGAAAUCGACUUUGCUGCGAUGA